AUGUCGACCAAACAGCAAAAGGAGCAAGUCGAGAAGGACAAGAAAAUCCGCAAGAAACGCGCAUUGAUGUUAGAACCCAAAGAGUCGAAUGCAAACAAGUUCAAAUAUCUUCAGUCGUUGAUUGAAGAAGAUAGUGACAUCGUUUCUUUUUGUAAAGUGAACCAUUCCAUCACUGGAUUAGUCUUAUCCGAGUAUACCACUGGUCAAGUCCUUCAUUGUAAAAAAGGAAAACAAUCUGCAAAAAUAGCGAUGUCCCAUUUGAAAUUAGUCGAAUUUGCUGGGAAAGUAUUUCCUUAUAACGAAUUCCAUGUCUUCGAGUCCCUCUUCACUCUCUUAGAAAAUUACUUGUCAUUGGGAACAGACCCAACACUUAGAAGAGCUGCUUAUGAUACCCUACUCACUGUUUUCGAAUUCAAAAAUGAGUACAAUUCACAAUUCGCGCGACUCUUGUUAUCUACUAUGAACAUCGGGAGUUUGAUCGACUUACCACCAAACGCCCCAUUCCCUGCGUUAGUCAACGAGCCAUUUGUCCCAACUCCAAUUGGUGUUUCUGUUGUUGAAAAAGAACUUGCGAUGGAAUUUAUCGACAAGUUCCUCGAGAAGUUACUGAAGAAGGAGACUUACAAAACUUUUUUGUGUAUUGCAGAACACAUCUGCGCAUUGUUGUUGCCUUCAUUUUCUAAGACUAUCACUCUCUCGUGUGUCAUCCCACCCGGUGGACUGUCGGAAGUGCCAAUUGGGCUAAUGGAAAUAGUCCUCACUGAGCUCAGGAAACUCAUUGGGUCCGAGGUGAAGACGCUUUUCUUUGCAGAGAAUGGCGCCGUCCCAUUUUUAGAGUACAUUUUGUCGACUGCUCUUAAUUUCUCACCAGAGAAGUAUAAGAACGGGUUGAACUAUUUCACGUUCUUCUUCACACAAUUUGUCGCAAAAACAGAUACGGCGGCGGCGUUUGAGGAAGCUUUAGGACCAGAGAGGUUACUUGAGUUCCGACGAUUUGUUGUGCAGUGUGCAGACAUCCCAUUUGAGCGUGCUGAAAUGAACCCAAUGAUUCAAGACUUUACUGCCGCGCUUCAUGUCGAAAUGAUGGAACUACUACGACACGAUUUGGACUUGAUGGAUGACAUGAAAGAUCUCUUAAUAGCCACAUUAGUAAAUAAUAUUAAUAAAUUACUAGUCUGUUACCGAGAUGACGCUGUUGGGUCUUUAGCCGAUACCAUCAUCAUGUUAUACGUCAAAUGGCGUCACUCUGCUACUGCGUACAGUAAAUUAUAUGACAUGUUACAUCAGUUCUAUUCCUCCGUGGGAUUACUUAAACAACUCUGCCAGAAGUACGUGCACGUCACAUUAGACCUCAUCACCCCAAAACAAGUUGACCAAGGCGCUAAUAAUAACCCAACAGUUCGAUAUAAGACGACAGAAGCCGUCUAUGUCUUCCCGAAGAAAGACCCCACAUUCUCUGAUAUGCUCACAUUCAAAUCAGUUGAAUUGUUUGAGUUGUGGGAAGGCCUUUGGUUCAUGUUACAAGAGACAUGUGUUGAACCCGGUGUGAAAGAUGUUGUUGGGACGAUUCGAUUAGUCGGGGAAUUACUCAUCAAAUUUAACCCGACUUUCAAAGUCAAUUUGAUGGACGUCUUUGGGACAUAUUACCUUCGUGCGCUCUCUUCUGUAGAAGAUCCGGCUAUUCGGUGCAUUGCUGGACUUGGGUUGUGCGACUUGUUUGUGAAUGACAAGAGAUAUGUCAUUGAAGCGUACUCUACCUUCUAUGAGAGUGUAGUCCCAUUAAUUCCAGAAGAUCCAUAUGCCUUCUUAUUAGCUUUAAAAGAUGUCUUUUCGUUAAGAAUGCCGGGAUGUACAAGAUUGAUAGUUCCAAUGAUAUCUAUGCUCCAACAAUUAAGAGUUGUACCUGAGAAAUCACAUGAAAACGUUCCUACUAAAAUCAUUGGAUUGUUAAAUUCGAUGUUGUACUGUGAAAAGAUGUUCCCCUCUGUGUUGCAGAUCAUGCAAUUUGAAGAGACUCUUGGACCAUUCCCAGACGCGUUCUUCGCAGCGCAAAAGCAUUUGAUGACCCUCUUCCAAGACGAGACUUCGCAAGACACAUUACUGUGGAGUAUGGCUUGCCAUUUACACUUGUUAGUAGUGGAGAAGAACAACACGCAAUUGCCUCUUGAUAUUUUGAAGUGUAUUUUGGCGUAUUUACCAACAGGAAGAUACCAAACAGUCUGUCAGAUCAUUUCUUCAUUCUCAAGACUGAAACCAGUCCUCCCCGUCCCUCUUCUUAGAGAAUUACACUCAACUGCAUUCCAAUCGAUUCCUUCAUUAAGUAAUCAAACUUCGGGAUGCCUCAUCUUUGCUAUGUUGGAGUAUUUGUUAUCCCCAGAAAUAUCCCCUGUUGUCCAUUCCCUUGAAAUUGGCCCACAAAUAGUCGAAGGACUGGCAUCUGCGUUACACAUGGACUCGACACACAAUGGGUUAUAUAAAGCUGUUGCUCCCGAAGCUGCAGAAGCUUAUUUAGGCACAUACUUCUCCGCAUUAGGUACAGAGGCUGCUAUGAUGGUGAAUUCCCCUGGUGAUGAUAUCACGGAGACCACGAUGUGGUUCUGUAAUGGCAACACGAUAUACUCUCUGUCGCAUCCCCAUGAGUCCGACGUUGUUACUAUCACUGUGAGAAACUCAGUUGGUCGGUUUGUGUUUACUUUUGACGAAGCGCAAGUGACUGGGUGGAGUAAAACCGUUGAGAAAUUGGAGAUCUUAGGAAAGGUGACUGAAGGGAAUGGUGUUGUACCGGAGAAGAUCUAUACUGAUGUCAACGAUAUCUCAAAAUUGAUUGAUAGCACCCCAGAAGAACUGAUUUGGGACUUCCCAACUGAAAUUAAGAAGAGAGAAGACUUCUUUGGGAACUUAAAGAUGGUGACGGACGAGUGCGUGUCGAUGAGGAAACAAUUGGAAGCCAUUCCUAAACAGAAGAUCGAAAUCAUGCCACCCCGCGUUGUCGAAAAGAUGCCAAUUGGGAUCAUCGAACCAAUUAAAACGGGUAUGCUCAUGACAGAACUCUUUUUCAUCGACGCACUCGCGAUCUCGUCGGGACUCACAUCUUUGCCAUCCCAUGAGAAAUUUAGAGCGAGUAUUAUAGGCCUCGAUAAAACUCCAAGUCGACGUACCCAUGGCUUGAGUAUCGUUUACGUGAGAAGGGGUGAUGACAAGAACAUGGUUUUGAAGGAGGAAGAAGCGUCAAAGAGGUAUAUCAACUUCUCGCGUGGUAUUGGAGAAGAGAUUGAGAUGAGUAAAUUCAAUGGGUAUUGCGGGAAUUUGGAGAGAAAUGGGAGUGAAGGAAGUACCGUGUUAUACUUCAAGUCCUCAACACGCGAAGCAAUUUACUAUGAAAUGUUACGUAUUCCUACGAACGGGAAUGAAGAGAAAAAGAUAAAAGUUCUCGACGAGAAUGUUGUGACUGUCUGGGACGAAAAUGGCGAAGAAACUCAAUUCAAAGAUGAAGUCAAAGGUGCUCGUAUUGUUGUGAAGCCAGGAAUGUGUGGAGUCGAUGCUAUAGAAAUUUAUAGGAAAAAAGACGUGCGCGUGUUUGGGCCUUUGUUGGAUAACAUGAUUGUCCCAGAAGAUUUAUUACCACAACUCGUUCGUGAAACAGACUUCAAUGCGGAUGAUUGCGUCAAUCAAAGAACUGUCGGAGAUAAUAUCCUCUUCCCAUUCUUGAAAAGAAAAGGCAUUAUCGAGGAAAUCAUCCCGAAAAAUCCAACGUUCUCACAGAAAGGAUAUUUGUCGACCAUCAACGUGUUGCUCGAUGAUAAAGAACUUAGAGACGCUAAAUAA